CAGGUGUCUCUUAUAAUUGAGCAUUGAUGAGCCACUUCUUCAAAGCUCUGCUAACGACCUUACUAAUUUUGGAAGCAUUAACUGCGAACUAUUAUGAUCGCCAUAGCUGCGGAUUACCUACUGCUGAAUAUGUAAAGAGUAAAAUCGAGAACGCAACCGUACAACCCCACAAAAGAGAUGUCGCUGCGCGCACCAGCACUAUGAAUGCUAAGGAAACUUACGAUGAAGAGUAUAAGCAGGAAGAAGAGCCCGAUCGAAACGAUAUUGAUGAUGUCAAUGAUCCGAUGCAACAAAAGGUGAUGGGCGGAUCUAGAGCAGUUCCAGGUGAAAUGCCGUGGAUAGUGCUUAUCAAUAUUACCAUGUCCGGAAACAUUUGCGGCGGUACACUAAUUUCAAGGCGGCAUGUGCUCACAGCUGCUCACUGUUUUUGGAAAGAUCCAUCUAUGGAUGACUGCAAGUUGCGCGAUAUGUAUUCUCCGGAUGUGGUAGUAGCAAAAACAACAGUAACUGUCGGUGGAAUUUGCCUGAAGAAGGAUAAAAAUUUCAAUUGUACUGAAAAAGAUGUAGGUAAAACUAUGAGCGUCAAAAAAGCGUAUUAUAGUCUUUUCUUUGAAAAAAACUGUGGUGGCAACGAAGAUAUAGCAAUUCUCGAACUCACGGAAGACAUACCAAAGGAAAUCAACCAUAUUUGUCUUCCACAAUUUCAUAAGACUGACGAGCUUUUCGAUCUACAGUCUACAAAGUUGUAUUCUUAUGGAUGGGGAGUUGACCCAACGAAGAAAGGAUUUACAGACGCUCCCACGCCAUAUCUUCAAAAAAUCGAUUUGGGUGUAAGAAUGCCUGACGCUAAUUGUAAAAGAUUCUAUCCUCACAAGAAAACCAAUACAUUUUGUACUUACGAGUAUGCUGACAAAAAUGUCUGUAAUGGCGAUAGCGGCGGAGGAGUGACAGCCAAAAUUGGCGGUAGAUUCUACAUAGUGGGAAUAGUUUCUCAUGGCACAACUUGUAAUGAUCUUAGGGAGGGAAUGUUUGGUAGAGCCCAGGUAAUGACUGACAUUAUGUACUACACUGCUGACAUCGAUACUGCUAUUGGCGCAAGAACCAUCGAUAGAAAGCAACGAUGGGAAAAAAUAAGGAAGGAAGUAAUGUCAAAGAAAACAACGUGAUGUAAAGCUGUUAAUUUGGAAUGAAGUUUGAG